UUUUCCCUCCCCCCGUCGUCCCCUCCGAAUAGGAUAAGAUUCCUUCUCUCCGUCUCUUCUCUCUCUCGCUUCCGUGUACGGUGUACUCACUCCUUGUCUCCGUCUUCUUCCUUCCGGCGAUCUCGCAAGUUCUGCUACCUUCAAGGACAGGCUGCGGUUGCCAUCUGUCGUCUCGCUCGAUAUGAGCUGCGCGGUGGAUCUUUUCCGCGGCUCGCAAUGCUUCCAUUGCUGCUCACUCCGCGCCGGGCCUUACCUCUGCACACCUGUGUUUGCAUCGAGGAGUGUGUUCUUCUGGAGGAGCUCCCCCUCGACCUCGAGACCUCCAUGCCUUCUCGGUUUAAAGUUGAGGAGGCAUCAGAUUGUGUGCCAGGCCAUGACGGAAACAGAGCCGGACAGCAACGACGAAAAGAAGGUGGCACCUGUGGAACAUACUUCCACACCAUCAACUGCCGAUCUGAUCCAAAAUAAUGGCCAUGCGGAUUCCAUCAUUGACCAGGAUAAAGAUGAGCCUUGUGACGACGAACUGUUGAAUCAGGAUAUUACAUUACAGAAGAACGAGGAUGAUCUUGUGGCUAACAAUAAUAACCAGGAGAAGGAUGAUAAUUUGGAGGUUGCAAGUGGGUCUCCUUUACCAGGAAUGAAGCAACAACUCGAUGAAACAGUGAAGAUCCCUAAGGCAACUAUUGACAUUCUUAAAGAUCAAGUUUUUGGUUUCGACACUUUUUUUGUCACCAGCCAGGAACCUUAUGAGGGUGGGGUGUUAUUUAAGGGUAACCUUCGAGGAAAGCCAGCUAAAAGUUAUGAGAAGAUUACAAAUCGGAUGCAAGGUAAGUUUGGUGAUCAAUAUAAGCUUUUCCUUCUUAUCAAUCCAGAGGAUGAUAAACCAGUUGCUGUAGUGGUGCCUAAACGAACCUUGCAGCCAGAAACCACCGCUGUUCCAGAAUGGUUUGCUGCUGGUGCAUUUGGCUUGGUUACGAUCUUCACGUUGCUUCUUCGGAAUGUACCUGCUCUGCAGUCCAACUUGCUAUCAACAUUUGAUAAUCUUGCACUGCUGAAUGACGGUCUUCCAGGAGCCAUUGUAACUGUUCUAAUUGUAGGGUUCCAUGAAAUAGGUCACAUUUUAGUUGCCAGAGAUGCCGGAAUCAAGUUGGGAGUGCCAUAUUUUGUCCCUAGUUGGCAGAUAGGAUCUUUUGGUGCUAUUACAAGGAUCUUAAGUAUUGUAGCCAACCGUGAGGAUCUUCUCAAACUAUCAGCUGCUGGGCCUUUAGCUGGAUUUACAAUGGGACUCAUUCUUUUGCUAUUAGGGUUUGUCUUACCUCCCGUUGAUGGCACCGGUAUUGUGAUUGAUCCGGCAGUCUUUCAUGAGUCAUUUCUUGCUGGUGGUAUUGCAAAACUUUUCCUUGGUAAUGCUCUGAAAGAAGGCGCUCCACUAUCUAUCAAUCCACUUGUCUUAUGGGCUUGGAGUGGGCUUCUUGUUAAUGCUCUCAACAGUAUACCUGCAGGAGAGCUUGAUGGCGGUCGUAUAUCAUUUGCCAUUUGGGGAAGAAAGGCAUCUACUCGAUUGAGUGGCAUCGCCCUUGCCCUACUUGGAAUAUCAUCGCUCUUCAAUGACGUGGCAUUCUAUUGGACAGUUUUAAUAUUUUUCUUACAGAGGGGGCCUAUUGCUCCUCUUUCGGAGGAGAUAACUGAACCGGAGAACAGAUACGUUGGCCUUGGCAUCGCAGUGUUGCUGUUGGGAUUGCUUGUAUGCUUACCAUACCCCUUUCCCUUUAACACAGAAGUAACAAAUUUUGAUUUUUGAGUGGUGUUUCAUGUACAUGUAUCACAUAUGAAGUUUGAAUUUUGACAUAGUGCUGACUAAAUUCAAUCAUUAAUUAGUUGAUUACAUGUAAUAAAGGCAGUUGUUGCUGAUGAAUCCCAA